AUGCUUGAGCAAGACAAAAAGAUUAAAGUUGCAGUAAAACCAUCAGACACAAAGCUCCAAAGAACUGCAGACAAAGAACACACAGAUCUCAAACGACUGCUUAAUCUCUUGAACGUACCAGCAAGCAAGCAGCAGUUGCCAGCUCUAAGUUUUGACAAAGGCCGUGGAAUUACAACAAAAUCACAGCAACAUUCCAUUCAGGGAAAGCCAAAUGGUGGAAGCCGAUGUGGGGAGCAGCAGCCACAGUCAACCGAGGCUGUGGAACUUGAAGCUUUUAGUGUCAGCUAUAAGAAUGAAAGAAAUUUCAGUUGUCACCCCCACCACAAGCUGUUUCUGGAAAUUUUCACUGCACUGGUGAAGCAGAGACUAACGUACAGAGAAUGGGUGGACCGAGUUCCUCCUGCUCAUUCUCUUCGCGUGUUAAUUUGCCUGCGGUUAAUAAUGAGGGAUCCAUUUUACCAGAAAAUUUUCAUUCAACUUAGAGGUGUUGAGAGCUUAGCACAGUACAUGGAAACAGUGGUACAGGGCUACCUUGGAUACGGAGGUCAACAGUUUGUCAUUGACCGAUUAGUCACCAUGACUUAUAUUUUUCAAAAACUGGCAGCUGUAGUGGAACAAAGAGAACAGAUAAUUUCAUGUGGAGCAUAUAAGACCCUAGUAAAGCUACUGGCAGCCAAGGACAAUAAUGUACUACUGGGUGCUCUCCUUGCUCUUACCAGCUUAGCUGAAAGUCCUGAGUGCAGAGUGAAGAUAGGGGAAUUGACGAUUGUAGAAAACCUGUUAGCAAUUUUACAAGAAUAUGACUUGUUAUCCAAAAGAAUGACAGCUGAGCUGCUUCGCCUGCUCUGUGCAGACGCUCAAGUGAGAGAGCAGGUUAAGCUCUAUGAAGGAAUUCCUAUUCUCCUCAGCCUGUUGCAUUCUGACCACCUCAAAUUGCUGUGGAGUGUUGUUUGGAUCCUGGUUCAGCUCUGUGAGGAUCCAGAUACCAGCACUGAGAUUCGUUUAUGGGGAGGCAUCCAGCAACUCCUGCACAUUCUCCAAGGCGAUAGAAACUUUGUAUCUGAUCGUUCUUCAAUUGGAAGCUUGUCUAGUGCUAAUGCUUCAGGGAGAAUUCGGCAACUUCAAUUGUCUGAAAAGCUGAGUACUCAAGAAAUUCAAGAGAAUAUGCUCUCAUUGCAAGAAGCGUGCUGUGCUGCCCUUACUGAACUAGUGCUCAAUGAUACGAAUGCUCAACAGGUUGUACAGGGAAAUGGCAUUUAUGUGAUAGGAAAGUUAAUUCUACCAAGCAAGCAAAGAAAUGCACCAAAUUCAGAUAUUUUGCAGUGCUAUGCAUUUAGAGCCUUGCGUUUUCUCUUCAGCAUGGAAAGGAAUAGACAACUGUUCAAAAGGUUAUUUCCUUCAGAUGUGUUUGAGAUGUUCAUUGACGUUGGACAUUAUGCACGUGAUAUAGGUGCAUAUGAAAGCUUAGUAAAUAAGAUGAACUCUUUACCUGCUAAUGAACUGAAACAAAUCACUGAAAAUAUUGAAGGAAUUAACCAAAAUAAAGCUCCGACAAAAUUUAUUGGUAACUAUGCCAUUUUAGACUACCUUGGAAGUGGAGCAUUUGGGAAUGUUUUUAAGGUUCGGAAAUACAGUGGGCAUAACCUGCUUGCUAUGAAGGAAGUUAAUUUGCACAAUCCAGCUUUUGGAAAAGACAAAAAGGAUCGUGACCACAGUGUGGAAAAAAUUGUGUCUGAGUUAACUAUAAUUAGGGAACAGCUCCAUCAUCCAAAUGUAGUGAGAUAUUACAAGACUUUUGUGGAAAAUGAUAGAUUGUAUAUAGUAAUGGAACUGAUUGAAGGAGCACCCCUAGGUGAGCACUUUAAUUCCCUCAAGGAAAAACAACAAGGGUUUACAGAAGAACGAAUAUGGAAUAUAUUUAUACAAAUAUGCCUUGCACUGCGUUAUUUGCACAAAGAAAAAAGAAUUGUUCACAGAGACCUAACACCCAACAAUAUCAUGCUGGGUGAGCAAGACAAGGUAACAAUAACUGAUUUUGGCCUUGCGAAACAGAAGCAAGAAAACAGUAAGAUGACGUCAGUUGUCGGGACCAUCCUGUAUUCCUGUCCAGAAAUAGUGAAGAGUGAGCCAUAUGGAGAAAAAGCUGAUAUCUGGGCUGCAGGAUGCAUUCUAUAUCAAAUGGCAACACUGAAUCCUCCUUUCUAUAGCAGUAACAUGCUCUCAUUGGCAACAAAGAUUGUAGAAGCAGCAUACGAGCCAGUACCAAAAGGACUCUACUCUUACCAAGUGCAAGAGACCAUCAAAAGCUGCUUGACUCCUGAUUCCGAAGCGAGGCCAGACGUUGUGGAAGUGAGUGCAAUGAUUUCAAAUAUCAUGAUGAAGUACAUGGAUGAUUUAUGCACACUGCAGAUAACCAUGGAGAAGAGGCUUGACCGGGAGAGGCGGCGCACACAGAAGUAUUUCAUGGAAGCUAACAGAAAUGUUAUGACCUAUCACCAUCAGCUCUCCAUGAUGUCGCGGGAGUAUUAUGAUAAGUCAAGCUUGGGGAGCAGCAGUGGAACUGGCAGUCUGAAGAGUGAGUCAUCAGAAACUACUGGGAGCCCACUGGACGACUUGCAUAGGUUCCAUCUUAAAGAUGAUGAGAGACUGAGUGAUGCAGUAUUUCUUGAGAAUAUUAACUCUGCCAUAAACACUGAAAAAGAGAUCGAAGAUGAGUUGAAUACUUCAGAUCACUCAAGCAGUUCAAGCCCAAGCCCAAUAAAAAAUUCUCCCCUGGGGCAUACUUCUCCCUCUAAUGUGUUUAGUCAGGGACUACUGCUGCCGUCAGGGUCCAGAGCAGAAGUCGUGCACUUCAACAGCAGCCUUCAGGCUUAUUCCCUUGAAAGCUCUGGCUGUCUCAAUAUAACAGCUACUUUACCAAGAAGUAUGAGUUAUAUUGGCCUAGAGAGUCGACAUGAGGCAGAACCUGGAAGAAAAUCAAGGCAUUCAAAUACCAAAUCUAGACCAGCAUCUGCAGGAAUAGCAGUGUCUCAACGGAAAGUACGACAAAUCAGUGACCCAAUCCAACAGAUUCUCAUUCAGCUGCACAAGAUCAUAUAUAUCACACAGCUUCCACCGACUUUGCAUCACAACUUUCGGAAAAGUGUAAUUGAGAGGUUUAAGAAGUCAUUGUUCAGUCCACUAAGCAAUCCUUGCAACUUGAAAGCAGAACUUAAAAAGCUUCUUCAAGGGUCCCCUGAACUUAUUGAACUGAACAUUGUGACAGCAGAUUGCAACUUAAUGCAUCAGAUGUCCAGGGAGAGUGCAGCAUUCCCUGGAGACAGAGCAGUCAACACCUACAGCUAUGAGUAUGAAGAAGGAAUAACCUAUGAGCAGAUGCAGAUGAUGAUUGAAGAAGUUCUUAUUGAAAAUGGUUAUUAUGACAUCCUUAACACUGUUAACAGAAAUCACACUUACCCAUGGACAUUCAAGAACUAUCUGCCUUCCCGGAGAUAGUCUACCUUUCAAUCUUUAUGGCAACUUGCCGAGAGAAGUAAGCUGGGACUGCCUUCACACAGAUGUGUAUUGAAGAAUUUAAAUCUGGCAACUUUUGGAGAGACACAGUAAAUGCGCGCACACACACACAGAGCAAACUGAUGAAUACACAUCCUUAAAAUGUUUUGUUAUUCUUGGGAGAUAUCAUUAAUUGAGAAUAAUGAGCAUACCAAUAUUAAGGAACCACCUGCCCCUCUCCCCACCCCUAACUAUUCCCAACAGAUUUCAGGAAGGGUUUAUUCUGUUCACUCUAUGUAUUGAUGUAAAUAACAGAGCGAAGAUUGAAGUUGAUUUCAGGUUUACAAUGCAGUCCAUAGUGUAAUUUUCCUUAUCCCAUUUAGAGCAUGAAUUAGUUUCUCAUUUCUUCAUGAAAUUGGUUUAUUUAACUGAGUUCUUAAACAUUUGCCAUGGCAAAUGGAAAACACUGACGAUUAAAAACUUAAUUGCAGGUAUGUCUCAGAUAAGCAUGACUGUCACAUCUAUCUGCUGUUUACUCUAUAUAAAUUGGUAACAUAGAUUCCAUAUAGAAAAUGUAGAUUAGCAAAUGGACUAUCUGAUAAACUAUUAGGUUCGAUUUUAUGAGAUUGGUUAUCAUAUUUUAGUAAUGGACAAAACCUAGUAACUGUUCAGUUUAAUAUUCAUAAGUGUAUGUUUUGUGUGAACUUAUUGGAGAAGGGAGAACUGAUGGAGGAAGGGUGACAUGUAGAGUUACGUCUUCACCUGCAGAAAGCAGAAACACAAAUGAUCUGAUUUUCAGUUGUAGUAGAAUUAGAAGAUAAUGACUGUAGAAUUAGAAGAUAAGAUUUUGAUGAAAGAACAAGUUAUAUCUUGAUCUGAAAACAAUUGCAAUUUUCUGUUGUGAACAGAUGUCCUUGUGU